AUGGUGUUCCCAGAUUUUUUUACAGUACUUCUCAUCCUGGCUGUGAGCUCCUCAGCCUCUCAAGUCUUCGGUUCCAUAGCAGAAACUGAAGAUGCCCUCCUGAGGAACUUAUUCCAAGGGUACCAGAAAUGGGUUCGCCCUGUAUUGAAUGCCAAUGAUACCAUAAAAGUGUAUUUUGGAUUAAAAAUAUCUCAGCUAGUGGAUGUGGAUGAAAAAAAUCAGCUGAUGACAACAAAUGUAUGGCUUAAACAGGAAUGGAUAGACCACAAAUUACGCUGGAACCCUGAUGAAUAUGGUGGAAUCAGCUUCAUUAAAGUUCCGUCUGAAUCUCUUUGGCUUCCUGAUAUAGUUCUUUUUGAAAAUGCCGAUGGACGCUUCGAAGGCUCUCUAAUGACCAAGGUCAUAAUAAGACACAAUGGAACCAUUGUUUGGACUCCUCCAUCCAGUUACAAAAGCUCAUGCACAAUGGAUGUGACAUUUUUCCCAUUUGACCAACAAAACUGUUCGAUGAAGUUUGGUUCCUGGACUUACGACGGCACCAUGGUUGACCUUGUUUUAAUUGAUGAGAAUGUUGACAGGAAUGACUUCUUCGAUAAUGGAGAAUGGGAAAUACUUUAUGCCAAAGGCAUGAAAGGAAACAGAAGGGAGGGUUUGUAUUCUUACCCAUACAUUACAUAUUCUUUCGUUCUGAGGCGCCUGCCUCUGUUCUAUACCCUUUUCCUCAUCAUUCCCUGUCUUGGAUUGUCUUUCCUGACGGUCCUUGUCUUUUAUUUGCCUUCUGAUGAAGGAGAAAAACUCUCACUCUCCACAUCGGUUCUAGUUUCCCUGACCGUUUUUCUCCUAGUGAUUGAAGAAAUCAUCCCAUCGUCUUCCAAGGUCAUCCCUCUGAUUGGGGAAUAUCUGCUGUUCAUCAUGAUUUUUGUCACCCUGUCCAUCAUUGUCACGGUCUUUGUUAUCAAUGUUCACCACCGCUCUUCUUCCACUUACCAUCCCAUGGCCCCUUGGGUAAAAAGAUUGUUUCUCCAAAAACUCCCCAAACUUCUGUGCAUGAAAGGCCCCAUUGAUCGCUACCCCUUCCCAGAUGGGGUAGAAAGCCAGCCAGAGGCUAAAGCAAAAAUGCCAGCAAAGCAGAAGCAGAAGCAGAAGCAAAUGAAAGAUGGAGAAAAGGUACUGGUUGCCUUUUUGGAAAAGGCUGCUGAGUCCAUUAGGUACAUCUCCAGGCAUGUGAAAAAAGAGCAUUUCAUCAAUGAGGUUGUCCAGGACUGGAAGUUUGUGGCUCAAGUCCUCGACCGUAUCUUUCUUUGGCUAUUUCUGCUAGUAUCGAUAACAGGGUCUGUCCUGAUAUUCACUCCUGCUUUGCAGAUGUGGCUAAACAGUUAUCACUAAAAAUAAUUUUCUGUGAUGGUUUCAAUAAUGCCAUAAGGAUGAAGCUAUCUCUUAGAAUCAAUAUUUAAUUAGUAUAUAUUCAGGAGCAGAAGGAGCAUGCUUAUGAAAAUGACCUUGAUCAUAAAAAGGUCCUGGCUCAGAAUACAUUCCUGCCCAGCAGAGAAACUUCCUGAAUACGGGUUUACCAAUAAAUGAUUUUGUAUUCUUGGGUCCCCAUUGGAGCGAAGUAUGUACAAAAAGGAGGAAGCUUCCUCAAGCUCCCAGUCAAAGCUACAACUAAGGUGGAGUGGCCAGAGCUUUGGUCAAGAGUGGCAAGAUUUAGAAGGAGUACUAAUAGUGCUUUUAGUUUUUCAAGAGCAUAGAAACAACUGAGCUGAACGCCUAGCUAGCAGGAAGAAUUAAUUAAAAUGAGCAGCUAUCAAAUGACCAAACUCCUCCCCAUAGUGGCUGCAGCCCAGGUGAACUCUUGUCCAGUUCAGCCCUGCUUUGUCUGCUCCCUCCUCCUCAAUCAGCAGCUUCUGCAGCAGCAGUCUUCUCUUGUCUGUCACCUCCUAUUAACUGAAUCGAAGGCAUUUUCAGAGUAGGUUAGGUUACACUUGCCCCAGACAAAAACUGCUGGUCAUCCCUCUGCUUCCACUUUUAAGGUAUUUGUCUUAUCCAGAGACAGUUUGGUGUUGGAGACGGGUUAGGAAUACAGGUGCCCAAAGAGUAGGAACCUGAUGAAGCCCCAGGGAAGAUGGGGAGGCCUCAAGGUCUAUGGGCACCUGUGUCCAUUGGCUUUUCCUAGCAGUUUUGAGCAGGAAACAGUCGUAGAAUUGAGGGUUUGGGCUUUGCUUCUCACUUCUCUAGCACCUGAUAGGGAAAAAGAUGCUCACCUUUUUCGGUAAAAAAAGAUGAAUUGUGACUAUACCACAAUAAAAUCGAUCUUUAAACUACUCUGAGAGGCAGGUUGGAGUAGCAAACAGAAAGUCGGUCUGGGAGCCAGGAAGACCUGGUUUCAAAUCCUGCCUCUUACACACACAGGUUAUAUAAGUCACCUAUCCUCUCCUUCUCCCACCCACCUCUCUAAGGCUAUAUAAUACAGAGAAGGUGAUAGGUGAUUUGCCUUGAUAAAAAAAAGUUCCUUACCCUGAGAUUCCCGUACUGAUGAUAUA